AUGUGUUUCGGCAUGUUCGCGUCCGUGAAGCCGCAACCACCACGUCGGGAGGCAUACAAGAACGAGAACAAAUAUCAGCGCGAUUACGAGCGAUACCAGAAACAGUACGCCGAAUACAUGGAUAAGGAUAACCGGCGCAGACGCAUGCAGAAUUCUAAUACUGGCGCUCUGGCGGGGACUACUGCUGCUAUUGGGGGUUAG